GUGAUCGUACUAGUGACGUAAGGCUCCUGAUUCGACACACACAGCUGGAUCUCGCCGCCCCCCUUUCCUAACAAUGGCCCUUUUGUUAUAUUGCACAGAGAAUCCAGCCACCGGAUCCUGAAGCGGCAUACCGUUUAAUAGACGUCAUUGCGGAUAAUGUCUAGACAGCACGCGCAAAAACGAUGCCUGUUGUGGGACUACACCAACACACGCGACCGCCCAAAGGCAAUCGACCAGCUCUUCCCGCCCACCUCGACCGCUUCUCCGUUCAGGUCGGUCCACAACUGGAACGCCUGGUACCCGCCGGAGCUUAAGGGCCGCCUGCCCUUCCGGCCAAUGAUUCGCACGCGGGCGCAGCUUGACACUGAGGAGUGGGACUGGAUCCGCGACUCGGACGCCGCGGUCGUGCACUACCUCAACGAGCCGGAACGGCAGGGCAUCUCGCCGCAGGACGCCGCGACGUGGUGGCGAGCGAAGGUCGUGCCGGAGCUGCGGGACGCAAAGGGGAAGAAGCUCGUCGGGCCGGCCUGUGCGAGCGACGAGGCCGGCGGGCGGUGGCUCGCGGAGUUUAUGAGCAUUGUCUGCAGCGGCGGCAGCGGCUGUGAGGGGCCGGACUUUCUGGGGGCUCAUUAUUACGGCGGCGAUGUCGGGCAUGCCAAGCAGUACAUCGAGUCCCUGUGGGAGAGGUACCAACUCCCGUUGAACGUUUCCGAGAUUGCGUCUACCAGCCGCGACAAGGCGGAGGUCGUGAGGUUCACGGAAGAGAUGAGCAGUUGGAUGGAUGAGCAGGUGUGGGUUGACGAGUACGGAUGGUUCGGGUGCAUGGCGCACUGCGCGGACGACUUUGUCAGUCCGGCCGCGCAGCUGAUGGAUGAGGAGGGGAAGUUUACGCCGCUCAUGAGGCAGUUGAUGGGACAGAGGCAGACUUGCGAGAGGGGAAGGGAGUAGUGGCACUGCUCAAGAAUCGGCCAACGACGGUUCAGGGAACAUGACAGAACAUGGUUCCGAGACGUUGCGACAUAGGGGCUGCUUCCAUGCCUCUGUCGUAUCUUGCUCUCAACUACAGUACUGCUCUUCGGUCACUCUAUUUCCUUUGUCUCCUGAUCGACGGCAUUUCAAGUCACGUUUCCGAAUUCCAGAAGGCCGAUGUUAAGUAUGAUCAAGUGGCAUCAACAAGCACGAGAACAAGGGGUUUUUUUCAUCAUUUUUUAUUUUAUUUUAAUUUUUUUAGACUUGUACGUGAAAGACUGUCUAACCACCCGAAGACUU